AUUAGAAUGAUAUAAAACAAAUAUAAGAAAAAAAUUAAAAGUGAUAAAAGAAAAUUAAAAAAAAAAUACAUGGGAAAAAAAACAAAUUAAACAGAGAAAACUUAACAAAAAUCUGUUUAAAAGUAAUAACCAAAGAAGUAAAAAAAGAUUUCUAAAUAAAAAUAAUAUUCUUAAAAAUAAACAGUUAAAUCAUCUAAAAAUAAAUAAAAACAAUAAAUUAAGAUUAUAAAAGUUUAAAAAUCAGCAAAGAACUCUAUUAAAAAAACAUCACCAAAAGUUUCAAAAAAAUCAUAAACAAAAAAUAAAACAUAAAGCAUAGUCUCUCGUCUUUCCAUAAAUGAAGGUAAUAUACCUAAACAAUAUGCUCUCAUAAAAUAAGAAUUAUUGUCUUGCAGGGAAAUAGUGGAUACCGAAUUAAUUAAUACAAAACACGGCUAUCAUAUAAUUAAGAAAUCAUUGAAAGGAUAAUGUAGGGCUGAGGAUAUUUAAAAGGAAAUUAAACAAAGGACUAUAAAGUAAGAUAAAAUAAUGAAAAAGAAUAAAUUAGAAUAAGGUAUGAUUGAUAUAGUAUUUUGCUGCAAUACUAUUGGAAUAUCGCAAUUUUAAAAAUAAAUUAAAAAUUCAAUUUAUUAAAUGAUGUAGGUUAUCACUAAAAAAUACUACAAUUAACCAAUUUCUGUUAGAUUUGGAUUCGUUGCUUAUAGAGAUCAUUGGGAUAUUACUUAGACCUAUGUCACUUGCACAUAUGAUUUAGAUUAAAAAGCAAAUAUUAAAAAAUUUGUAUAGUCAAUAAAAGAAUUAAAUUGGGGUCUUGGUGCAUUAGAUGGUUUAUACAUGGCAUCCAAAUAUAUUAGCUGGAGAGAUAAUACAAUAAUUCCUAGUUUAAGAUACAUUUUUCAUUUAGUAAAUUCUAAUCCUAAUUGUAAAUAAAAUGGAUUUGAUAAUGAAAAACCUUGUAAGUGUGGUUUAGAUGUAGAUUAAGUAGCUGAGAUAAUAAACAAUAGAUAGAUACACUAUCGUUAUAUUGACUGCCAUUAUUUUCAUUAAAAGAGUAAAAUUGACGAAAUGAAAACAAUUCUAAAGAAUAAACUUAAUGAUUAUGAAGAGUGUAAAUUAUUUGAAGCAUCAUAAAUGGAUUUGAGGUUUUAAGAUAUUACACUAGGCCCCUAACUAUUUUAGCCUGCACCAAAUUACUUGUGA